UCGACUUUUACUUCUCCCAAAUGUCCCUUCCAAUAAUUGAUAUCCUGCCGUAUCUCGAGGACGACCGUUCUACAGAUAACGAGGCUCAACGAAGGGAGGUAGCCGCCAAGAUCCAUAAUGCCUGUGUUGACUACGGAUUUUUCUAUCUCAAUAUAUCGUCCUAUGUUGAUCCACAGGAACCCGAGGAGCUCAUUGCUUUGGCACGGCAAUUCUUUUCCCUUCCACAGGAAGAGAAGGAUAAAAUAUCACUUAGGAACGAGGAUCAAGCCAGAGGUUAUGCCAGAUUGAAAGAGAAUGUUACAAACGGCAAAGCUGAUAACCACGAGGGCAUUGAUUGGUACCGCCCCGUCAAAAAUCCAGACAAGACGAAGCCCCUUUGGGGGGAGAAUCAAUGGCCAACUGUGCCCACCUUCCGCGAGAAGUACGAGAGGUGGGUCAAUAAGAUGAAGAUCUUAGGUGUGAUUGUAAUGAGGGCCAUGGCUGAUGGCCUUAGCAUGACUUCUGAAGAACGCGAGGACUUGAGUUGCCAAGUGGACGAUAGCUUUUGGGUGAUGCGUGCUAUAGGCUAUCCCCCUCUGCCUAACGAUCACGAUGGAUUCUCCUGCGGUGCUCACAAGGACUAUGGCUGCCUUACAUUUCUGUAUACGGAUCCUACCCCUGCUGCUCUUCAAGUGUUCACACACAAAGUAGAUGUCGGAUCUGAUGUUUCUGGUCUUCCUGCCGAACAAGGAUCCCAACCGGGCUCAUGGAUAAACGCAAAUCCCAUCCCGGGCUGCGUGAUCUGCAAUAUCGGAGAAAUGUGGGAAAUCUGGACUAAUGGCUUAUACAAGUCCACACUACAUCGCGUCGUCCACAGAAGUAUGAAUUACAGUGACAUUAGAAUUCCGUUCUUCUUCGAGCCCAAUUUCAAUGCGCACGUAAAACCGCUAGCCGCCGCUUUGCGCAUUCAGGCUGACAAGCCGAAUCCAGAUGGGAAGGAGUACAAGCCUGUCGUCUACGGCGACUUUCUGCUGAACAAAGUCGGGAACAAUUUUUCGGACGGCAAGGAAAAGUAUUAAAUGGAUAUAAAUAAGUGGAAAACUACAUACAUACAGUUUUAUCUUUGUGGAAACUAUAGGUGUAUGUUCCAAGCCAGUUUAGUCUGCCAUGGAGAACAUAUAAAUCUACUCCGGCCGAAUUGCAAGGGUCAAAAGGGAUAUAAUAUACUACAACACGCACCC